AUGAGCAGAUUUUUCGCUACAGGAACAGACUCUGAGUCUGAGAGCUCCAGCGAAGACGAGCCAGUAGUACGCGCCCCCGCACCCGUUUACACGUUUAGUGACGAUGAAGAGGAAACAAAACGUGUUGUGCGGUCUAUGAAAGAGAAGCGUUAUGAGGAAUUGGAGGGCAUCAUCCACUACCUACGCAAUCAUCGCAAGAUUAAAGACUUCUCUUCAGCUCUUGCCUCUUUCGAAGAACUCCAGAAAGCCUAUACUCGCGCCGCACCUGUUGUAGCUAAAGAGGAAAAUGGAGUGGCGCCAAGGUUCUUUGUGAGGGCACUCGUCGAAUUAGAAGAUUGGGUAUCUUCUGCUUGGGCUGAUCGUGACAGCAGAAAGACUUUGUCAAAAGGCAGCAGUAAAGCAUUGACAUCAUUGCGGCAAAAGUUAAGGAAGUAUACUAAAGACUUUGAAGCUGAAGUUGCUAAGUUCCGUGAAGAUCCAGAUUUGCCAGAUGAUGAUGAAGAGCACAAAGAUUCUUCAUCUUCAGAUGAAUCAGAUGAUGAGGAGAAAGUCAAGGAAAAACCACGCGCUCGUCGCUCACCCGAGCCUCCUCGCCGGCCACCUCCCCAAGAUGACGAAUCCUCUGAUUCCAUGGAUUGGGGUUCUAGUUCAUCCGACUCUAGCGAAAGUUCAGAUGAUGAAACGCGUGGAGCUACUACCAUAAGGGAGCGUUUCUUAAAGAGAAAUACCGAGAGAGAAGAUGAUGAAGAAAAGGACAGGCGCAAAACAAAAAUCAGACGUGAUAGAACUGUUAAGGUCUCUAAAAAAGACCAGGCCGACGAUGGUGGCGAAUGGGAGACAGUUAAAGGAGGAAAAGGAGCUGCUAUUUCUGAUAAACCUAAAAUGUUUGCCAAGGACAGUGACAUUGAUGCAGCUUUGGUGGUGAAGAAAUUAGGAGAAAUUAGCGCAGCUCGUGGCCGCAAGCGCACUGACCGUCGCGCUCAACUAGAACUGCUUCACGAGUUACGUACAGUUGCUGCACAGCACAAUUUAGGCGAUGCUCUGCAACUUAAACUCCGUGCUGCUACAGUCGCAGCCCUGUUUGAUUACAACCCUAAAGUGUCUGAUGCCAUGAAACCAGAGUACUGGUCGAGGCUUGUUGAGAAUGUGGAUCAGAUGGUUACUCUACUUUUAGGUCAUGAAGAUAUGGUUCUUAGUGAAAAUUUCACAGAAGAACAAGAACAGCUGGUAACACCACCUUUCCAAGUUCGCGGCUGUUUGCUCACCGCCCUUGAACGACUCGAUGAUGAGUUCACUAAGUUGUUGAAAGAAUGUGAUCCACACUCUAAUGAAUAUGUGGAGAGACUAAAAGACGAAGUUCGCGUUUCCGCCUUGAUUGAUAGAGUAUGUCAGGUGGUAGAACGUGAUGGCACUCCACAGGAAAUCUGCCGUGCUUACCUGCGUAAGAUUGACCAUUUGUAUUAUAAGUUCGAUCCACGCGCUGUACGUAAGGACUUGCCUCCAGGUGAGGAGACCACCAUCAAGAAGAUGGAACGCUUUUGCAAAUACAUUUAUGCUCACGAUGAGACUGACAGACUGAGAACUCGUGCAAUUCUCUCUCAUAUCUACCACCAUGCGCUUCACGAUAAUUGGUUCCAAGCUCGCGAUCUGCUGCUGAUGUCUCAUUUACAAGAAACUGUUCAGCACUCUGAUCCUAGCACUCAGAUUCUGUACAAUCGUACAAUGGCUAACUUGGGCCUAUGCGCAUUUCGUCGUGGCAAUGUAAAAGAAGCUCACGGGUGUCUGGCUGAACUAAUGAUGACCGGCAAACCUAAAGAGUUGCUGGCUCAAGGCUUGCUGCCUCAGCGUCAACACGAACGUUCGAAGGAGCAGGAGAAGAUCGAGAAGCAGCGUCAAAUGCCAUUCCACAUGCAUAUAAAUUUAGAACUACUCGAGUGUGUGUAUUUGGUGUCUGCUAUGUUAAUUGAGAUCCCUUACAUGGCCGCUCACGAAUUCGAUGCUCGUCGUCGAAUGAUCAGUAAGACUUUCUACCAGAACUUGCGAGCUAGUGAACGACAGGCGUUGGUGGGCCCACCGGAGUCCAUGCGUGAGCACGCAGUUGCGGCCGCGCGAGCGAUGCGACGUGGAGAUUGGCGCGCUUGUCUUAACUUUAUUGUUAAUGAGAAGAUGAAUGCUAAGGUGUGGGACCUGAUGGUGGGUGCAGAUAAUGUACGGGCAAUGCUCGGCAGACUGAUUCGCGAAGAGUCACUGCGUACCUAUCUAUUCACAUAUGCUCAUGUGUACGCUUCUCUUUCGUUGCGGUCACUUGCCGAUAUGUUCGAGAUGCCUCGCCAACGCGUUCACUCGCUCGUCUCCAAGAUGAUCAUUAAUGAAGAAUUACUCGCAUCUCUCGACGAUCCUAGCGAAUGUGCAAUCCUUCAUCGUUCUGAACCAACUAGGAUGCAGGCUUUGGCACUGCAGCUUGCUGACAAGGUCGGUAACUUAGUCGACUCAAACGAACGCAUAUUCGAGAAGCAGGGAUCGUUCUUCCAACGUGGCGGACAACAGCGUGGGGAAGGGCGACAGCGUGAAAGGCCACGCGAGGGUUGGAACAGGCGCACGCGCAAUAGGCGCCGGGACGAUGAACGCGGGGACGACUAA